CUAUCGAUAUGUGGCCACACCACGAAUUAAUUUUUACUAAAUUUAAGCCAAACGCGCAUCGAAAAUGCCCGGAAAAUGCGAUUAAAUCCACGCGAAAAGUGAAAAACCGCGGACGCGAGUGCAACUAGUGGAAAAAUAUCAACAAAUCUCAGCGAUUGAUCAACAAAAGGAAAAUAAUAAAAAGAGGAAAAGAAGAAAAGCAAUAAGUGCCGUGUGUGGGAAACGCGAAAAAGGCGAGAACAAAGAGGCGAAAAGCAAGGAAAUUGCGGGGAAAACGUGGAAAACGUGAAGGAGCGAAGCUCCAAGUUGGCCGCCAUCGAUUCGUGCGUAGGAUCAAUUAAAAUUCCGUGAGGCCGAGAAUCAAAUCAAAUUAAAAAUCAACUAAUAUUUUGAUAUUCAAAUAUUCAAAUGAGAUUCAUUCAUCGCCUGGGACUUUUGUUCGGAUCUGCCAACUAUCUUCGAAUUUGAAUUGUGUCUGCGGCCAGCGCGGAAUCUGUGAUAAAGCAGAGAAGUACAAAGAGAAUACAGAAUACUAAAAGUCGGAUUCAGAUUCAGAUUCGGAAUCGGAAUCAGAAAUAAAAUGUGAGGAGAAGUAUUUACAUGCGAAAUGAAUGUCGGGCGGCGAGAGAGGUUUUGUUAUAAUGCAAAUGUGAAGUGGAAGAAUUCCCGGCGCGAGUGAUAAAUAAUCCGACGACAAACAAAAGCAGAAGCCUACACAGCGAGAAAGAGCAGUGCAAACACAUUUAUCUUUAUUGAGAGCAACAAUAUCAAGAUCGAGAUAAUAAAGCAUCGUAAACCUUCGCAUGUCCGACGACCACUAAGUAGUUCAUUAUAAAGUCUCCCCACAAAUAAUCAAAUGCAAAAAGUGCCCCUGCUGAGGAAAUACUCGUCGUAUUCAGCUCAACUCAACUUAGCUCAACUCAGCUCAACCUAACAAAACAAAAUAAAAUAAAACAAAUCACAAAUCGAGUGGCAUAAUCUAUCAAUUUACGUGUAUUUUAUACAAAACAUCCAAUUAAAUAAUAAUAACAAGAAAGGCAAAGCCGCAGAAAUAUUUAUUUAAAUCAAAUCCCUGGCCGCCGAUGUGCCCUGAGUGUGUGUGUGCUGUGCGUGUGUAAACUGGCGGUCGUCGAGCAUUUCUUGUGCUAUGAGUGCUAAAUACCACAGGGCGAAGAAGCAGCAUCAUGCAUCCAGCGGGCGAAAAAAGGGGCGGUCGCCCCAAUGAUAAAUACACGGCGGAAGCCCUCGAGAGCAUCAAGCAGGACCUAACCCGAUUCGAAGUACAAAAUAACCAUAGGAAUAAUCAGAAUUACACACCUCUGCGAUAUACGGCGGCCAACGGACGCAACGAUGCACUUACUCCGGACUAUCACCACGCCAAGCCGCCGAUGGAACCUCCACCCUCGGCGUCUCCUUCGCCGGACGUGGUCAUCCCACCGCCCCCCGCCAUUGUAGGUCAGCCCGGAUCCGUUUCCAUGUCCGUAUCUGGAGUGGGCGUUGGUGUGGGGUCGAUGGCGAUGGGUCGUGUGCCAAAGAUGAUGACGGCUUUGAUGCCGAAUAAACUGAUCCGGAAACCGAGCAUCGAGAGGGACACGGCGAGCAAUCAUUACUUGCGUUGCAGUCCGGCUCUGGAUUCUGGAGCCGGAAGUUCCCGGUCGGACAGCCCUCAUUCGCACCACACCCACCAGCCGAGUACGAGGACGGGAGGAAAUCCUGGCGGAAAUGGUGGAUUUUCCCCGUCACCGAGUGGUUUCAGUGAGGUGGCACCACCAGCACCGCCGCCACGUAAUCCCACCGCCUCCAGUGCGGCCACACCUCCACCGCCAGUGCCGCCAACCAGCCAGGCGUACGUGAAACGACGAUCGCCGGCCUUGAACAACCGCCCGCCGGCGAUAGCGCCACCCGCUCAGCGGGGCAACUCACCUGUAAUAACCCAAAAUGGGUUGAAGGGCCAACAGCAGCAGCAGUUAACGCAGCAGCUUAAGUCCCUGAAUCUGUAUCCGGGCGGAGGAAGUGGUUCAGUGGUUGAGCCACCGCCGCCUUACCUAAUUCAAGGUGGAGCAGGAGGGGCACCGCCGCCACCGCCCAGUUAUACAGCCUCCAUGCAGUCGCGGCAAUCGCCCACGCAGUCCCAACAAUCGGAUUACAGGAAAUCCCCAAGCAGUGGGAUAUACUCGGCCACAUCAGCAGGAUCACCGAGCCCCAUAACCGUGCCCUUGCCACCGGCCCCUCUGGCGAAGCCACAACCGCGGGUUUACCAGGCCAGAAGUCAGCAGCCGAUCAUAAUGCAGAGUGUGAAAAGCACGCAGGUCCAAAAACCCGUGCUCCAAACCGCCGUGGCUCCUCAAUCUCCUUCGAGUGCCUCGGCCAGCAAUUCGCCUGUUCAUGUCCUGGCCGCACCACCUUCCUACCCCCAAAAAUCCGCAGCCGUGGUGCAGCAGCAGCAACAAGCAGCAGCGGCAGCGCAGCACCAUCAGCACCAGCAGUCCAAGCCACCAACGCCCACAACACCACCUCUUGUGGGUCUCAACAGCAAGACGAACUGCCUGGAGCCCCCGUCGUAUGCCAAGAGCAUGCAGGCCAAGGCCGCCACGGUGGUGCAGCAGCAGCAGCAGGUGCAGCAGCAACAAGUGCAACAGCAGCAGCAGCAGCAACACCACCAGCAGCAGCAACAACUUCAGGCCUUAAGGGUGCUCCAGGCUCAAGCCCAACGGGAACGGGAUCAAAGGGAGCGAGAACAAAAUCAGCAGAAGAUGACCAAUGGAAAUCCCAGCCGGCAGUUGCCCCCACCACCACCCUAUCAAAGCAAUAACAACAACACCGAAAUCAAGCCGCCCAGCUGCAAUAACAACAACAUACAAAUAAGCAACAGCAACUUGGCUACGACACCACCCAUACCGCCUGCUAAAUACAAUAAUAGCUCCUCCAACACGGGAGCCAAUAGCUCCGGGGGCAGUAAUGGGUCCACCAGCACCACUGCCUCCUCGUCGAACACCUGCAAGAAGAUCAAACACGCCUCACCCAUCCCGGAACGCAAGAAAAUCUCCAGGGAGAAGGAAGAGGAGCGCAAGGAGUUCCGCAUCAGGCAGUAUUCCCCGCAAGCUUUCAAGUUCUUCAUGGAGCAGCAUAUAGAGAACGUGAUCAAGUCGUAUCGCCAGCGAACCUAUCGCAAAAAUCAGCUGGAAAAAGAAAUGCUGAAGGUGGGACUUCCGGAUCAAACUCAAAUUGAAAUGAGGAAAAUGCUGAACCAGAAGGAGAGCAACUACAUCCGUUUGAAGCGCGCCAAGAUGGACAAGAGCAUGUUCAUAAAACUGAAACCCAUUGGAGUGGGUGCUUUCGGCGAAGUUACCCUGGUGCGGAAAAUAGACACCUCCAAUCAUUUGUAUGCGAUGAAGACCCUGCGGAAGGCCGACGUUCUCAAAAGGAAUCAAGUGGCUCAUGUCAAGGCCGAGAGAGAUAUCCUCGCGGAAGCCGAUAAUAAUUGGGUAGUGAAGUUGUACUACAGCUUCCAGGACAAGGAUAAUCUGUAUUUUGUGAUGGACUACAUACCAGGUGGUGAUCUGAUGUCGCUGCUCAUCAAACUGGGCAUUUUCGAGGAGGAGCUGGCUAGAUUCUACAUUGCCGAGGUCACCUGCGCCGUCGACAGUGUCCACAAAAUGGGCUUCAUUCACAGAGACAUCAAGCCUGAUAACAUACUCAUCGAUAGAGACGGACACAUAAAGCUCACCGACUUUGGCCUGUGCACGGGAUUCCGAUGGACGCACAAUUCGAAGUACUACCAGGAAAAUGGCAAUCACUCGCGCCAGGACUCGAUGGAACCUUGGGAGGAAUACUCGGAAAACGGACCCAGGCCCACAGUGCUGGAAAGGAGACGGAUGCGCGAUCACCAAAGAGUCUUGGCCCACUCGCUGGUGGGCACCCCGAACUACAUAGCCCCCGAGGUCUUGGAGAGAAGUGGCUAUACGCAGCUUUGUGAUUACUGGAGUGUGGGCGUCAUCCUUUACGAGAUGUUGGUAGGUCAGCCGCCCUUCCUGGCCAACAGUCCGCUGGAAACGCAACAAAAGGUCAUUAACUGGGAGAAAACUCUGCAUAUACCGCCACAGGCCGAGCUGUCGCGGGAUGCCACGGAUUUGAUAAGGAGACUAUGCGCGGCGGCAGACAAUCGGCUGGGGAAGAGUGUGGACGAGGUGAAGGGCCACGACUUCUUCAAGGGCAUCGACUUUGCGGACAUGCGAAAGCAGAAGGCGCCCUACAUACCGGAGAUUAAGCACCCAACGGACACGUCGAACUUUGAUCCCGUGGACCCGGACAAGCUGCGCUCGAACGACUCCAACAUGAGCAGCGGCGACGAUAUCGACCUGAACGACAGGCCCUUCCACGGAUUUUUCGAAUUUACCUUUAGAAGAUUCUUCGACGACAAACAGCAGCCGGAUAUGUCGGAUGACCAGGCGCCGGUUUACGUCUGAGAAAGUACCCAUAUCCGCCAAGAACAUCCCACCCCAAAAUCAUUGUUAGUCAAAUAGUCACAAAGAAGGGAGAGAAGUUAAAGAGUGGGCUUACUGUAAAGAAUGCGUGACUAUAGAAUGAAACUAUAUAUAUUAUAUAAAUUAUAGGAGAAAGUAGAGAAGGGAAUACACAUAUACAUACAAAUAUAUAUAUAUGCCUGAGGGCAUGAACUGAGUAAAUUUAAAACGGAACAGAAUAGAGAUGAAGGAAGAUGAAAGGAGCAAAGAAGGGAAGAGCGUGUCAGGACUUUCGACUUUUAACUGAACAUAGUAUAUCCUUCUACACUACUUGAGAACAAGCGCUAUAACCAUAUAUAUUUAAAUCGUUAGAAAACAAAGGGACCAACUGGAAAAUCGAACAUUUCUGGUGCUCAAAGCAAACAAAAUGCCUUAAAAACGAGACGAGAACGCGAAUUUACCCAACCACUCCUCUCCCAUCUUCCACCUUCAAUCGAUGGCCGGAUGUCAACUCAGCAGGCUGGUUGCAACCUGGCCAUCCCACAACUUCCCAUUCAGAGUUGAGAUUGAGAGGUGGGCGAUGGAGAAACGGAGACCAAAAGUCGCACGGCAGCGAUAUAAGCGGGUCUUAUAAGCCUAAUCUAAAUCUAAUCUAGAAGAACAGGACCUUAACUCUGUGUCUUUCUACCCAAAAACUAUCACUGCUCUUCAAAUGUGUCCUCCACCCCAAAAAGAACAAAACUUAGACAUAACCUAUGUGAAAAUAUCUAGCAAUGUUAGACCAACUUGUUGAAUGCCAAAUCAAACUAUGCGAAAAUGUGAGGAAAAUUCAACACUUAUUCUCUGAUAGCAAACAGCAGAGAGAACACAAAAACGUUACGAGGAGAGCUAAGGAAAUUGUAAUCUUUUUAAUGUAAUAUUGUAAAGAAAAACGCUAAUUGUAAUCUAUGCUAAAGUUGUGUAGCGCCCUAAGAUGUUUUUUAGUUUAUAGACCGCUAACCGUAAUCUAGUUUAAUUCCUAACACUUAAGCGAGAGUACAUCAAUUUUUUUGUUUGUCGUAGGUUCGUUGGAAAAUGCUUAACGGGAAACGAUUUGUUUUUCUAUUUAAUUAGCUUCAGUUUGUAUGUGCGUGUGUUUUUAUUAUGAAUAUAUAUAUAUAUCUAUCUAAAUAUAUAUAAAUUGAACCUAUUUUAAAUGUGAGAGGAGAGCGAGCUAAUUGAAGGAAAAUACAAACAAACUCUGUGUGCCUUGGCCAAUUAGUUUACUAAAGCAAAUAAAUAAAUGGAAAAGAAAAUAUAAA